AUGUCUCAAACUGUCUUAGUCACUGGGGGAACCGGCUAUGUUGGUAGCCAUUGUAUUUUGCAAUUGCUUGAAAAUGGAUUUACAGUUCGCACGACAGUGCGCAACGAAGAUAAAGGUGAGGCUUUAGUUAAAGCUCUUGACAAAAUAGUGUCUAAGAGUGACAACAAGAGCCCGAAUAAGCUUACUAUCUUCAGGGCCAAUUUAGAUCUGGAUGAAGGAUGGAAUGACGCAAUUUCUGGUUGUACUUUUGUACUUCACGUUGCGUCACCCUUUUCGGAUGUUGCUACUCUAUCGAAGGAGAUAGCGAUCGAGACUGCAAAAAAUGGUGCUUUAAGAGUUUUAAAGUUGGCCCACAAACAUAAAGUUAAGCGUGUCGUUCUUACAAGUAGCGCAGGAACGGUAACAUUUGGUCACAAGGAGCAAAAGCUACUAGAUGAUGACUCCUGGUCCGUUUCGGAAAAUAUUGACUCUAUCUACAUUCUCUCAAAAAUUGCAUCAGAAAAAGCUUGCUGGGACUUUAUCUCUUCAGAGGAAAAUAAGAGGUCACAGCCCGCCUUAGAAUUAAGUGUUCUCAAUCCAGCUUUUAUUUUAGGACCCUGUAUUCCAGGAUACGGUGUUGCUUCUACAUCUAUCACCAUAAUUAAAGCAAUUAUUGAUGGCACAUUAUCUAGAGGAGCCUUUAAAGUGUACUUUUCGACCGUCGACGUUAGAGAUGUUGCCAAGAUUCAUAUUCAGGCAAUGACAAAUUCAAAAGCAAAAGACAAUCGCUUUCUUUUGUGCUCAUAUCUGAACGCUGUCUCUUUGAUGAAUAUUGCAGAUACAUUCAGAUUUAAAAUACCCGCUGAAUUUAAUAAAAAUAUUCCUAACAGGGAGAUUCCCUAUUGGAUUUUUUGGCUUUUGUCUGUUUUCUCUCCAAGAUUGAGAUUGUUGCUUGCUUCAACAACCAAGAGAUUCAUAACUUCAAAGAAAGCACAGCUGACGUUCAAUUGGGAGCCCAUCUCGACCGAAAAAAGCGUAAUUGAUACAAGUGAAUAUGUAGUUAGAACCUAUGAUAUAUAA